UCCAAAUCGGCAGUCCCAACAGUUGGAGAAAAUGGCGUUUCCUUUCUCUGCCGUGUGUUUUCGUGUCGCCUGUGUGGCUGCUGCAGUCGCGCAGAGACGACGACCCGAGGUAGAUGAUGCAUUUGAAGAGCUGACGGAGGAAGAGUUCCGGCAGUAUUUUCGUCUUUCCAAACGAACAGUGCGUACCUUGUGCGACGAGCUUGACCCCAUCAUUGGAUGCCAGCGAGCCAGUGGCCUUUCCACAGAAAGGAAGGUGUUGUGCGCGCUGCGAUUCUUCGGCACCGGAAGCUUCCAGAGGAGCGUUGGUCGCGAGGAGCAAAUAGGCAUGGCGCAGUCGGCCGUGAGCAACACCAUCCACGAGGUGACGGAGGCCAUCAUUUCCGUGUCUGCCCGGAAAACGUUGGUGGACUUUUCAUUGACACCGGCUGCCAAGGAUGAGGCAAAGGCGGCGUUUGCGCGACGCGGUGCCAUUCCAGGCGUGCUAGCGUGCGUCGACGGCACGCUGAUCGCCAUUAUGAAGCCAGAGGGACUCAGCCCGGCCGACACGGCGAGCUUCAUGUCGAGGAAGGGUUAUUACGCCCUAAACGUCACGGUCGUGUGCAACGCAGAACUUCGCAUUCUUGUUGUUGAUCCCCGGUUCCCUGGUUCGUGCCGCGAGUCUUGGGUGUGGCAGCACAAUCUACUGCGCGCACGCCUAGCCGCACAACUGCAGCCUGGCGAGUAUCUGCUUGGAGACUCGGGAUAUCCCCUCGAGCCGUGGCUGCUUGUACCUGUACCUGGCAGUCAUGCCGGCACCACCUCCGAAGGCUGCUACAACCGGGAGCACGCAUCCAUGCGCACUGUUGUGGAGAGAUGUAUCGGGGUGUUGAAAAGCAAGUUCCACUGCUUGCAGCACUUUCGGACACUGCUAUACAGCCCCGAUAGAGCAGCGCGAAUCAUUUACGCAUGCGUUGCUCUCCAUAACAUUGCCUUGGACGCGGGCGACUGA